UAUAGGUGCAUAUAUGUCUGAUUGAUACAAUGUGUGUGACUAAUCCUUCACCUAAUAAAACUUACAUGAGAAUAAAUGGCAUUGAGAUAUUUUCUUUUUGUUCCUCUUUCAUUGGUAAUUGGUUAUUUGAUGAAGAAGUUAUGGUUAAUUAGCCAUAAUUAUAAUAAUUAUGGAAAAUCACAGAUAAAUAUUCCACCAGGAAGUAGAGGAUUAUUCCCUUAUAUUGGAGAAACUUUACAGUUCAUAGCAGCAAUCUAUAGCAAACAAGGUUUUUAUAGCUUCGUUCAAGCUCGCCAUCUGAGGUACGGGAAUUGUUUUAAGACGCACAUAUUUGGGGAGACCCAUGUGUUUGUGUCAAGCACAAAGGCAGCAAAAGAGAUAAUGAGCAACGAUUUGGGUAAAUUCACCAAGAAAUACAUAAGAUCAAUUGGAGAAGUUGUUGGAUCAGAAAGCCUUCUUUGUGCAUCACAUCAAAGUCACAAAUUACUAAGAAGACACCUUCUUGAUUUAUUCACAUCAAAGUCAAUUACUGAUUUCACCAAGCAAUUUGAUGAAUUGGUGAUACAUACUCUCUUAACCUGGGAAUAUAAAGGACAUGUUGUCAUACUUGAUGAAGCACUCAAGAUGACUUUCAAGGCCAUGUGUAAAAUGCUACUAAGUCUAGAAGCUGGAAAUGAGCUAUAUAUGCUGCAAAAAGAUGUUGAUUGUGUUUGUCAUGCAAUGCUUGCACUUCCAUUGAAGUUUCCUUGGACUACUUUCAGCAAAGGUCUUAAGGCAAGAAAAAGAAUAAUGGACAUGCUAGGAAAGAUUAUUCAAGAGAGAAGAAUAAAACAUUCAGCACAAGUUCCUGUUGUUCAUCAUCACCAAGAUUUUCUGCAAUACCUACUACUAGCUUUGGACCGCGAAUCAUGUUCUUCAGAUCAAGAACCAACCUUAACAGAUGCACAUAUCAAAGAUAACAUCUUAACCAUGAUAAUUGCAGGUCAAGAUACCACUGCAAGUGCAAUGACAUGGAUGGUGAAAUACUUGGAUGAAAAUCAAGGAGUCCUUGAAGUUUUACUGGAUGAAGUACACAACCAACAGAAGAUAGCUGCACAUAAAUCCUUUCUUACAUUAGAAGAACUUAAUGAGAUGACAUAUGGUGCUAAGGUUGUUAAAGAGUGCUUGAGGAUGGCAUCCAUAGUACCUUGGUUUCCAAGAGUGGCACUCCAUGACUGCAACAUUUUAGGAUAUACAAUCGAGAAAGGAUGGAAUAUUAAUGUGGAUGCUAGAUCUAUACACUUUGAUCCUACAUUACACAAAGAUCCUCAUCAAUUUAAUCCGUCUAGGUUUGAUAUUGAGCCAAAAGCAUACAGUUACUUAGCAUUUGGCGCAGGUGGAAGAACAUGUCUUGGUAUGAACCUUGCUAGAACAAUGAUGCUUGUGUUCCUUUAUCGCUUACUAACCACUUACAAGUGGGAGGUGACUGAUCGAGACUCGAGUUUGGAAAAUUGGGCAUUGUUUUCAAGGUUAAAAAGUGGUUGUCCUAUUCAAGUUACACGACUUCACAAAUAACUAAAUUAAGAGAUAAUUUAAGCUUAUUAAGAAUUUUAUUUCUGAAAAUAUGUGUGACCUUACCUUCUCAUAAAGUUAGUAACACUUCCACUGAAAAAUAGGGUAAGGAUUAAGGAAGUAGGAGUAUUUUGUAGUAUUAUCUUGUCCAUGGUAUUAAUUAUUCUUAUACAAUUACUAAUCUUAUAAAGAGAUCACUUUUAUUUA